AUGGACGACACCUCUUCUAACCCCCCUGAUAUACAUGUACGAUGGUUUCAAGUCGACGUCCCGGAGUUGCUGUCCAUUGCUCCAAUCACCUUAAACCCUAAUCCAACGUGGAAGGCUCUCACGCGCGUUGAAUCAGAUGCUUGCGAAUUGGCUUGGAGAAACCUGAAGGCUCAGGGUCCCGUGGAUACACCAACCGUUGAUACUGUGGAUGACCUUAUACCUUUGGGGAAGCCGUUUGAUCCCCAAGAAGAUGUCACUCUGGGUGUCCCGGUCGGGAAGGAACAGCUGUUUGAAGUUGACGUACGCACCAUGAAGCUUCGACCGAUCUACUGGAGUACUGGUGGCCCCUCGAUUGACGUAAUGAGGGCUGUAUGGAUGUAUACCGAGAGCCGUCCCGUUGAAAGCGAACUCAGCGAGAAGAUUGAGAAUGCGUAUAUGUCCAUCAAGCCAUGGUUGCCGUUCUAUCAAGACGAAUUGCGCACGGCGCAUGAAUUAGGGCCAGAGGGCCGAGAGAAACUUCGGCAUCCCAUUGAAGGAACGGAGUACACUCUCGUUUUCAACAAUGCUGGUUCAGCUCAGCUGAUUUCGACAUCGCACACAACACAUGGGCUAGCAUCAAUGUUCUCAGGAACGAAGGAUUUCGGACCAACAACUGUGUACCGAGGCUGUGACGAAGUGGCCAUCCAUGCCGUUCGGGAUCCGCCAGUAAAAGAUUCCAGCCUCGAGUCGUAUAAAAAUGGUCAAGUCCCACCCGAACAUUGUCGUCAGGGUCCAAUCAUCACGAAUGGCAAGAGAGCAGUUUCUAAUAAGAUGGAGGAAAAUGUUCAUGAAGUGACCGACUUGAUCCUCAUUGUCCAUGGAAUCGGCCAGGGUUUGACAGCACAAUACGAGUCAUUCAAUUUCGUCUACGCAACAAAUAUGUUCCGAAACGUUGCACGGAAGCAAUCAGUCUCACCCGCUUUAGCUUCUAUCGUGAGGUCGAAGCGUGUUCAGUUCCUUCCAGUUCAGUGGCGUGCCAGUAUGAAAUACGAUCUGGACAAGAAAGGGUCCAAAGAUGGGCUGGAUAAUGAGUUUACACUAUCUGAGAUAACCCCGAAAGGAAGCAUCCCCUUCAUAAGAGAGCUUACAAAUGGUGUUCUGACGGAUAUUCCAUUAUAUAUGAGCCAUCAUCGGGAACGUAUGAUUGAAUCGGUUUGUUACCAAGCGAACCGAACAUAUCGUCUGUGGUGUGCUCGGAACCCUAAUUUCGAGACACAGGGCAGGGUGCAUCUCGUUGCCCAUUCCCUCGGUACGGCCCUCGUGGCGCACAUCCUUUCAAAUCAACCAACCAUCGUUCCCCCGUUGUCCACUGUUCCGCCCAAGCAGGCCAUGAGGGAGAUGGAGCAUUUUUUGUUCAAUACAAGCACCGUGUUUAACCUUGGUAGUCCUCUGCCCGUUUUUCUCCGUAUCCACGAUACUCAACUGAUAGCACGGAAGGGCCGUGAGCGAACAAUGUCCUCCCCGAAUGAUGAAGCGCUAGAUCGGGUCGGAUUCUUCGGGUGCCUUGCGACAGACUCAAUUUACAACAUCUUCAAUCCCGCUGACCCUGUCGCCUACCUCAUGAACCCAUGUGUUGAUUCAGAACGAGCGCGCGAACUGCCCCCUUCUUCGAUACCCAAUGUGAAUGCGCCCGUGUUGGCCCCUUUGAGAUCGAGGAUGAGCAGACUGUUCGACUUCAGCGGGGGUAGUCGCCGGAAGUCGGCCGGUUCUCCAUCGGGAGCAUCCCCCUUGGAACGGUCGACAAUGCAUCAAGGGAUGCAAGUCGGUAUUGAGCUGCCAGAUAGUGGAUCGGAGGCAAAGGUUUUAGAAGGGGAUAGAGCAGAGCGAAGAUUUAAAGCAUUGAAUUCGCAUGGAACGCUGGAUUAUUUUUUGCCAGGUGAAGGGAACUUGAGUGAAUAUGUUGAUAUGAUCACGGCUCACUCAUCGUACUGGAAUGACCCAAGUCUUGCAGCUUUCAUAUUGUCUGAAAUCUUUGUCAAGAAAGUUGACCUACUACGAACAGGAAUUGGUGCAGAUGAGCUUCCCUACAGCUCAUAUUAAUUGGAAUGUUUUGUGUUCACUCAUUCUUGGACAGUUUGUAUCACAACUGGUGCACAUAUGUGCGCCAUCAUCCCUCUUAUAGAUAUUCCUCUUCCAACUUGGCUGGGCUAACCUGUAUCUGCUAUAUUGAUGUGAGGUCUCAGGGGGGUUGUAGGAUUGCUUACUUGUUUGGGGACAGUAAUGUUCCAUUCCCCUGUUUGCCUCAGGCCUCAGAUAUUCCAUCUAAAUGAUAUGCUUUGAUGAGCUGUAUAUUAAUGGGGUAGAGGUAAAGGCUGGUCUGCCCUCUACCCCGAGGUUUAUAUACAAUCUUAUACAUUCUUGG